AUGAUGAACGAUCACCCCAAGACGGUUGAGGAGAUCUUCGAGGACUUCCAGGGGCGGCGAGCGGGCCUCCUGCGCGCCCUGACGGACGAACUGGACGACUUCUACCAACAGUGCGACCCCGAACGGGAGAACCUCUGCCUCUACGGCGAGCGGGAUGGGUCAUGGCAGGUGGACCUACCCGCCGAGGAGGUGCCGCCGGAGUUGCCGGAGCCCUGCCUGGGCAUCAACUUCGCGCGGGACGGGAUGCAGAAGAAGGACUGGCUGGCGCUGGUAGCCGUGCACUCGGACUCCUGGCUGUACGCCGUCGCCUUUUACUACGGCGCGAAGCUCGACCAGAACGACAGGCUGAAGCUGUUCAGGACCAUCAACAACUACGCGACGUUGUUCGAGACCGUGACGGGCAGGGCUUCCCGGCCGAGGACGGGUGGGCCGGGGAGCAAGCGGAAGAAGCCGGAUUCGGGUCUCCCCGCCCAGGCCAGUGAGUCACCGCUGCCCACCGGGCGGCUCCUGGUGCACGACGACAUCACGCCCGCCCUGAAGGGCCGAGACGCCGAGCUGUUCUGGCCAGACGACAGGUUGUGGUACCUUGUCCAGAUCCAGAACAUUAACGCGAGGAGCAAGAGCGCCAGGAUUGCUUACACCAGUGGUGAGACGGAGGACCUGGACUUGGAAGACAUCAUACGGGAAGGCCAUAUGUCGCUUAUUCCAGAGGGAUGA